CUUUUACUACCCUGAAAUAACAGCUUCGACAUUAUAUAUAUAUUAUAUAUCGUUACUAAAUUGUAAAAAGAUCUAUAUACUGACUGAAACAGACAUGCACUCCUUUUCAAGAGGUGGCGAUAUGCUUUUAAGCUGGAUAAAACACAAAGCUUAAUCUAGAAUGAGGAAGAGGAUCACAGUCUUUAAGCCCAUCUGGUCUAAGCAGGCGUCCUUGAAUGUGGUGGGUCCGUCAAGUCUGCUUAAAUCACAAUUAAGUGUAAAAAGCUACAUUUCUCAAACACAACACAGCAGCUACUGACUUCUUCAGGAACAAUGCCGCUCAUCAGAGCUUUUGCGUUCCUUUGCCUGCUAAUUUCAGUCGGUGCCCAGAGGAGUUACAGACUGACAUGCUAUCCUGAUGUUUUAACUCAGUGCACUCGCGAGGGGCCGUGCUCUCACAUCAUCCUCCCCUUGACCUCCAUCGAUGACGACCUUUACCUCCAAAGCUUGUCGGAAAAUGACAGUGAUACACUUAGAAAGAUGAAGGAGAGAAAUCCAGCUUUGAAGAUUUUACUUGGCUUGGAGGUCAAAUCAUCAAGGUUGGAGCUGAUGUCUGCUAAUGAGGCCGGUGUUGAGACUUUUGUUCAAACGGUAUUGACAUACUUAAAGGACAAGAGUUUAGACGGUCUGGACGUGACUUGGCUGGAUGGCCCUUCUUCUGAUGAAUCCAGCAGAAGCACAGAGCUAUUCACAAAUUUGAUGAAGAGUCUAAAAGGUGCGUUUGAAAAAGAAACCCAGCCUGUACUUCUGUCAGUGUCUGUACUAGAGCCUGUAGAGCACAGUGCAGUCACUUAUGAGCAAACACUUUCACAGUAUGUGGACUUCAUCUCCGUUCUGCCUGCCGAUCUCGACAAGGAUGAGCUGCACAUUAACAAAACAGUCCAGCACUGGCAGGACCAGCAAGUUGACCUGCAAAAGCUCAAUCUUGCAAUGCCGGCUUUUCAACGGCGGUCACGUCGAAGGCAUCGCCACAGAGAUCACCUCAAGCAUGAUGACAUGAAUACAGAGACAGGAAGGAAGGAUCACAUCCACGUUUUGGGCUUAUACAUGGGCGAAUGGGUGUGUCAGGCCAUUAAAAGUGGACAAGAGCAGUUCAUUACUUUAACAAGUCUCUCAAAUGAGCAAAGUCUUGUAGAAGAGGUGCUCCGGAAAGGCUUUGGUGGCAUAGGAGUUGUCUUCAUAGAUGUGGACGUCUUCUAUAACUCCACAUGUGCGAGCAUCACUCAGGAAGAACGAUCGAUGGUUGAAUCAAAGGUGAUUGUGCAUUCACAUCAUGAUCACAGACGUCGUGAGCAUGGUGGUCAUCAUCACAGGAGAAGCCAUCACCACAGCCACCACGGGCAUCAUCACUCUCACCUCCCUAACCGCAGCCACGGUCACCAUCACCAUGAACAUCAUCAUGGCCAUCGUCACCACGGUCACCGUCGUCAGCAUCAGCAUCACAAAUAAUUCCUCAAAGCAGUAUACCUGAUUCACUUCAGCCAUACUAAUAAGAAAAAAUGACUUGCAGACAAAUAAUUGUGCUUCAUUGUUUUUUAAUUGAGUAGUGAACCUUUUUUCCGGUAUUCUACCGCAUAGACAUUAAUUAAUUGAGGUUUGUUGAUUACACUUUUUGGUGUGAAAGGGCUUUUACAUUUGCUAUAAGUAGAACGUCUUAUAUUUAAAAUAAUCAAGCCCUGCUCGUACUUAAAAAAUUACAUAAAGCAAAUAACGCAAAAGUAUUAAUUUUUAAACGCAAUUUGUUACUUUAUUAGGGAGUAACGCAAUAUUGUAAUAUAUUAACUUUUUUAAGAGUAACUUUCUCCAACACUGUGUGUGUAUAUAUAUACACACAUACACAUACAUAUACAUAUAUAUAUAUAUAUAUA